AUGCAGUUGACGGAAACGGAAGAAUUCUCACACGUAUCCGACAAAUCUCGGCCAUCCACAUCAUACGACACUCAAGGAGGGACCCCGAGAAAGAGAGGCCGCCGCCGCCACUGGCGGGGCGACCAUCGGGCCUUGGCCCGCGAGCAAGAGAGUGGCCCCGCCACCACUCUCCAUCAAGAUUUCGCAAACAUGCAGCUGGAAACGGAAGAAGAAUCCUCACACGUAUCCGCGAAAUCUCGGGGAUCCAUGUCGUACGACACUCAAGAAGGGGAACCCAGAAUAAAAGCACGCCGGCGCCGCCACCGGCGGGGCGAUCGACGGGCCAUGGCCCGCGAACAGCAGAGUGGCCCCCAAGCCACAGCCCGACAAGAUUUCACGAACAUGUUAUUGACAGAAACGGAAGAAGAAUCCUCAUACGGCUUCGCGAAAUCUCGGGGACCCACGCACGACACUCAAGGAGGGAUUCCAAGAAAGAGAGGCCGCCGUCGCCGCCACCGGCGGGGAGAGCAGCGGACCAUAGUUCGCGAAGGAGAAAGUUGCCCUGGCAAUGUCCGUCAAGAUUUCGAAAGAAUACUAUUGGCGGAAAUGGAAGAGGAAAGAAAGCUCCAGAAUAUUAGGGAAAUAGAGAGAAAUGAAAUAGUAACGCCUACAUUUUCACUCCGGCGUUCGUAUGGGCCUCGCCGCGUUCAGCGUUAUGAUAGCGAUGCUUCCACCUCGGCUGGUUACUCUCCUGGAGUUCGUGGGGUAUUCGGGCGACAAGGAGAGCAGUCUGGGGGAACUGCAACCCGGGACCCAGGAGCCGGGUCUCCGAUGAAUCCGGGAUCACAUAGUGGUGAGGUAUUUCGCUGGCACCACUCCGACAUUCGAUCGUAUCCUGGAUACACAGCUGAAGGUGUACCUCGUGGGCGUAUGGUUUCUGUUAUUCGAGGGAAGGCUGCAAGCGAUCCGUUGCCGGAGAACAUUGGCGGCGAUGUCUUACCGUCGGGCAGCGGACACUCCCCUCUUGUGGAGGCAGCUGCGGCAUCUGGGCCACUGAAAGCUUAUGUGGGCCACCGCCAUGAUGUUGGACUGGCGCGAGGCGGCGGGGAUAAUUUCAAGGAUGCCGCCGAAGAACCAGCCGAACCCAAAACGGAUCAACACGGAGCUGUGGCUGGCUACAUACUGCCAACCCUCAGCGACGACAUGAUAAGAAUUAUGAAUAGCUUGCAAUUAUGCGCUGCUAACGUUGAACUUGGCUCAAGUGGCACGCGCCCUGGCGGCCCUGAAGCGUGCGCACACGCUCUGCCAACAACACCGCCGCUCGCACACCCUCGUGGAGACCCUCGGCACCAUGAUCAAGAAGCAGCCGAAGUACUCAACAAUGACGGACAUGGAGGGCCACGCAGAACUGUGCCACGCAGAGGCAAUGAUCCUGCAAGCAGCCCCGUGCGUUCUGGAUGGCAAGGACCUGGCCGGCUUCCUGCAGGCGACACUCAAGAUCAUGACCUACUACAAUACAUACUAUGCUCAUGCGAAUCCGCGACAUCUCAAGGAUCCACAUCGCACGACCCUCAAGGAGAGAAUCCAAGAAAGAAAGAACGUCGCUACCGCCAAUGGCAGGGCGAGCAACGGGCCAUAGACUUCGAAAAACGAAUGCUCCAGAAUAUUAAAGAAAAAGAAAUGGAAGACGAAAGAGCCACGCCAACAUUUUCACUCACGCGUUCGCCUGGGCCUCGCCACGUACAGCUUGAUGAUAGCGAUGCUUCGACCUCGACUGGCUACUCUCAUGGAAUUUGUGGGUUUUUCGGGCAACAAGGAGACCAGUCUGGGGGAACUAGAAGCCGGGACCCAGGAGCCGCGUCUCCGUGGGAUCCUGUGGGAUCAGAGAGUAGUGAGGUAUUUCGCUGGCGCCACUCCGAUAAUGGAUCGUAUCCUGGACACACAGCUGAAGGUGUACCCCGAGGGCGUAUGGUUUCCGUUAUUCGAGGGAAGGCUGCAAACGCUCCUUUGCCAGAGAACCUUGACGAGGAUGACGUACCGUCGGGUAGCGGAGAUUCCCCUCCUGUGGAGGCAGCUGCGGCAUCUGGGCCACUGGGAGUUUAUGUGGCUCAACGCAUCUGCACCACUAUACUUUCAAUGGAUCGCGGGCAAGAUUCUGCCAAUGGAGCAGUGGCUCGUACUUUUGAUUGCCCGUUUCGGCGGUGCCACCCUGAUCUCUGCUAUCGAAUUGAUGCGCGUCUGGACAAGCUGACGCUCGUGUCUUCAUUUGUACGAGCUCUCGACAUCCUACUUAAGCUAAUGGAGGCAUCAGCCGAGGAUCUCCACGGAGACUCGACUCUUCUGGCACUAAGUCACGUGAAUGCUGACUACAGAGCCCUACUUUAUUAUAUAUUGGUCUGCUGCCUGGCCCGAGCCGGGACGCCGCGCCUCGUCUUGUAUUAUCUGGAAAAAGCCAGGACCUGCGGCUUGGGGCUGCCAAUCAUCAUGCCUCCAUCCCGCGAUCCUGGGCGGCCAGAGCCCUCUGAU